GGCAGCCAGGCAGUCAGUCGAGUCCAGGCGAGCGAAGAAGGCACAUCGUGAGGAGCAUAGCCCUUGUUGCGAGCUAUCCCAUCCGCGUUCUCGUGCUGUCUCGUGUUGUGUGCAGUGCAAGUCCCCAGACAUGGCCCCAGCGGCCCCCUCGGAGUGAUACCGUUAUUUCUGUGACCCUGUGCAAGUGAAGCGCGAGCGUAGUGGAGUCCUCGGCCUUGCCCAGGAUAGACUUGUUGUUUGACGUGGCCUUUGCUUGCGACGUGGACGCCACCAUGUCCGUGAUGCAGCCCAAAAGGCAGCACUGUUACCUGUGCGACCUGCCGCGCGCGCCCUGGGCGCUGCUGCACGACUUCAGCGAGGUGGUGUGCCGCGGCUGCGUCAACUACGAGGGCGCGGACCGCAUCGAGUGCGUGCUGGACGGCGUGCGCCAGCUCAAGCGCGGCGCGUCGUACCUCACACAGGACGUGCCCUCGCGCCCAUCCGCGCAGUCCUCCAAGCCCGUGGCGGUGCGCACCGCCCACGAGAACGGCAUGGAGGUGGCCAGCAUGCCGCCGGCCGCGCACUCUCGUCCGCAGCCCGCGCCGCAGCCGCACCCCGCGUACCAGCAUCACCACCGUGGGGCCAUGCUGGAGUACCCCGGCGGUCCGGGCGGCCCUGGCGGCCCGGGUGGGCCUGGUCCUGGGGUUCCGCCGCCCCCGCGCAGUGCCGUGGCCAUGCCACGACCCUUAGUGGAGGCGCAGGCCCAGGCCCAAGCCCAGGCCGAGCACGACGCCAUGGUCGCCCGUAGCCGUGCCGGCGUUCCCCACGGCGCUCAGCUGGCUUCGGCGCCGCCAGGGCACCACGCCCUGCCCGGCCAACAGCAACAGCAGCAGCAUCCCCAACAGCAGCCGCCGCCCCCGCAGCCGCAGGCCACUCACAACGGCAGGCCCAACUCUCUGCCUCCGGCUCCCGUCACAGUCAAGCGCGACCUGGACGAGGACGAGCACCACCACAUGAUGAACGGGGACGUGCCCGGCGCCAAGCGCCUCAUCGUCGAAGACCCGGCCGGCGUCCCCGUCGGCGUGGGCGCCCCCCGGCCGCCCCUGACGCGCGGCGAGUCUCUGCCCGCCGUGUCCAUGGCCGCCACAGCGCCCUAUGUGCGCUUCAAGCAAGAGAAGCUGCCCCUCAGGGCGCCUUCCUUCGAGUCCGGCAUGUUGCAGCAGCAACAGCGCAACGGUUACCCCGGGGGCCAUGGCGCGGGCCAUGGGCCAGGCCAUGGGCCAGGCAUGCCGGGGAUGGCCAUGACGAACGGAGGCUCGGUUUCCCCCCUGGGCCCCCGCACUGGCUCCCCCCCUGACCAGCCCCAGCCUGCGGGGGGCCCACUCCCGCUCCCGCCCCCAGCCGGACCCGGCGCGAGCAGCGGACCCGGCGGACCCGGGCCACAACAGCCGGCGAACGGCCCAAACCCGAACGGGCCGAACGGGCCCAACCCCAUGGCCGCGCUCAUGUCGGUGACGGACAACCUGCCUGCCGGGUCGCCGCGGAGCGCUGGGGGCAGCCCUCCUGGUGCCCCCGGCGUCAGUGGUCCUGGGGGAGCCGGGGGUUCGGGUCCCCGGGCCGCCUCGAGGGGCUCCCAGCACUCGCCUAACUCCACAGGAUCAACGAGUGGACGACGGUCAUCAGGCAGCCGCCACGUCAGCUCCACCACCGUCACCUCCAGCGAGGCGCCGCAGGGCGUUGAAGGGGGCCCGGGCACCCCGAACGGCACCCCCUUGAGCGACGCCGUCCCGCAGGGCCCCAACGGCCCCAGCGGCCCCAACCCCGCCGGGCCAGCGCCCAACCCGCCCACCAACGGCACCAACACCUCGCCGGGGGCCGGCACGCCCGCGCCCACCAGCACCACUCUCAAGUGCACCCUCUGCCAGGAGAGGCUGGAAGACACCCACUUCGUGCAGUGCCCGUCCGUGCCCCACCACAAGUUCUGCUUCCCCUGCUCGCGGGACAGCAUCAAGCGGCAAGGAGCCGGCUCUGAGGUUUACUGUCCAAGUGGUGACAAGUGCCCAUUGGCCAACACCAACACCCCGUGGGCCUUCAUGCCGGGCGAAAUCAACACCAUCCUUGGAGAGGACUUCCCCGUAAAGGCAGAGAAAAACAAGGCUCGGGAGAGUUAGGGGCACGCCUCAGGAACCUCGGCCGACACCGGGGUGGCAUUCGUUUCUUUGCCCAGCGAGGCUGUGAUGCAGAUGAUGCAGAAUCCUGCUCAGGAGCCUACGCGGGUUAACUCGUUGGAUGACCCACAACCCACUGUGAAUGCAGGUGAAGGCCAAGGCGCUGCCACUUCUUACGCUCGCCUUGUGAAUGCAUUUGACAGGAUUGACCCUUACGCGAUUGGGCCUGGCCCGUCCGUUGGUCUGCCUGGGUGUGAGUGGGACCAGCCCUGAGGUUGUUUGAGGGUUCCUCGCCUUACGUCUUCACGUUGAUGGAGGUUCAUGUUAAUGUUGUCAUCAGUCAGUUUUGAAUUUUAUUGUUGCUGGUAUGGUAAUGUUAUUUGUAAGAUGGUAGGAUUUAAGGCAUGUGGAAGCCUGUUUGGUUAAUAUUGUGUCCACUUUAUUUGAAUUGGGAUGCCAUACUAUGAAGUAUGUUGCUUUUGACAACUGAAAGCAGAUUAUGAACUAAUUUGGUUUGCAAUGUGGGACCUCAUUACAGUUUGUUAUAUGUUAAGAAGUCCUUUGCCGCUAGACCAUUAUCAUUGUGUCCGUAUCGUACUACCAUAUUUAUAUAUGUAUAGGUUCAGUUUCGACAGAUUUUUGCUUACUGUUUGGUACCCAAGUGUUUCUUGUGUAUUGUGAUGGUUUGCUCAAUGGCAUAACAUCUACAAUGAAUAAUUACUGUAGUUUAAAAUUUAUGCAGUCAACAAUUAUUGUAGUUUAAAAUUUGAUUAAUCGUUUCCUAUGAUAUGACCAUUAUUCUAAAUUCAGCAUACAAUCAUGCAAAGAAUUUUGAAUUUUUUGUAGUUUGUUAUUCUUAAUCUGGACGAACUUGUACUGGCAAAAAUAUAUAGUGCUUUUAUUCAAUGUCAGGUAGUAAGCUUUCCUUCUGUGGCUAUCACACUGUGAAUACAGAAGCUCAGUAACAAAUUGAUAACCCUUCUCUAGAUUUCUGUAUUUUACAGCUUAAAAUUGUUCUAAACAACAUUUACUACAUGGGCAACCCUCUAAUUUUUCACUGAAUAAUUAUGUAAAUACUAUGUGCGAAUAUUUCAAAUGUGUACAUAGUUGUAUGAAACAAUAGAUCUAUAAUUCAAAUUUAUGUUCUAAUUUAAACAUUAAUGAAAUGAAAACCUUGUAAAUUUGUUCAAGUUCAUUUGUGCAAAGUUCCUUGUGGGCAUUUUUAUGUUAAUGUGUAUGAUAAUACCUGUUCUAGUAGAGUAGACCACUUCAUAUCUUGUUACCUUUCUAUACUCUAUGUCUUAUUGCUGAAGUGGCACUUCCAAAAUGCUCAUUUCAUAUUCUUUUUAAAUUGUGUGCUUUUUUCCAAAAGAAAAUUUAUUAUUAUUUUACAAGUUAUUGGACAUAGGGCAAUGUCUCAAAUGUGUCCGUGCUAGCAAACCCCAAGGAUCUGCGCAGAGCGCAAUCUGGAAAGAGGAAAGUCCCAGUCUAUAAAGCUUCCUUGUAUGAUUAUUGUUUUAAUCCUAGUCACUGAUUGCCAGGACGACGUUGGCUAUGUUGUCCCAUGUAUGGAACUCCUAAACUCGCUGGUGUGUGUUAAAACAAAACAAGUAACCCUUGUGUAGCCUAGUUGUAUGGCUUUCCAGCCGUUUAAUUUAAUAUGUACUAAAAUGUAUAGAAACCUCUAGUGAACUCCCUCUUGCUGCUGUCAGAAAGUGGUUAUAGACUUUCAAAAAUUCGUGUAGAUGUAUUUACAAAGCUAGUUAGAAUUUUAUGUGUUUGAGAUAAAUCCAAUUAAAUUGGUUCUAAAUUGAUCUUUGAUAAUUGUUGUAAUGCCAGUCCGUCACAUGCCUUUUAUCUUUAUAAUCAAAGAUCUUUUGUUGACAGACAUUUCAUCUCAGGUUGUUCCCCUACAUUUGUUUUAAUUUGGCUAUAUUUGUCUCGAUGUGUCAGUGUUAGCUGCUACCUUAUCAAUGAAUGCAAGGAAGAAGUUAUGGUUACACAUCUUUUUAAAUUAUUGUAGGUGGUAGGAUGGCAGGUGGCUGAAAAGUAUAUAGGGGUCUUCUCAUGGUGUUAAGUCAAGUUCUUUAUUUAUUCUCAGUAGUAUAAAGUCUUACCCAAUCUGAAAUUCUUGCUUAGUUGAUUCAAACAAAUGUUGCCUGCGCCAAUUCCAAACAAGCAUAUUAUUUCAUUAACCACCUUUGGAAGAGGUUUGUUUAAUGUCCAACCUUCCAUGUACAACAUUGCAACCACCGUAAUAACAAAGAACUUUUCUGAAAGUCAAUAAACUAUUUAAAAGCCUUGAAGUAUAAUCAAAAUGUGUUACGAGCAUACCUGUUAUGUUGUGUCGUGAACAAAAGUAUGAUGUCCUUGUGUAUGUGAAAUGCAAUCGUUGCCAUUCCUAUGGUACUUAAUUUGUUGUAUCCUUGCAUGAAUGAAGUUUGAUGGAAUUGAAAAUGACUGAUGAUAAUUGCUGUGAUUUAACUUAUGGUGGCAAAUUACAAGCAGAUACAACUUACGGUUGACUUAGGCCACCACAUUUCAUUUGAGCGUCCUGACAUUAUAAACAUCAGUGGACUAAAUGUUUGCAGAAGAAGAUGGAAUGGGGGUGGGAGUGAGUCUGUAGUUUUGUAUUGCUAAUUAUUAGUUUCCUUGUGAAAAUUGUAAGAGCUAUUCAGUAUUUUUUUUUUUUUGGAAUGAGCAAAGGAGUAUGUUUGUUUCACUAAGAUAAGUGGUUGGUUAAUUUUACACUAUAUCUCUUUGUAUUUGUGUAUAAAUAUACAAUUUGUGUGUAUAGGUGUUUCUUUUUUAAUUUAAAACAAAAUAUCAUAUAACCAUGUGUGUGACUGUUUUUUGUAAAUUGUUUCUAUUCAUAUUGAGUGCCAAUUUCUUUUGUUGAUAUUCAACAUUUUAUCAGUUACUAUUGUUUUAAUCAAAAUGUAGAUACAUAUUAAAAAUAAAGCAAACCACUAUGUAUGA